AUGGACAUUGCAUGGGACAAAGGGGGGAGUUUGAUUAUUGUUGAUAGUUCGGGGGAGAUCACCUAUGAAUUUUGCAUAUAUUAUAUUGAGGUUUCAUCAUGGAGGAACGUUAUAGCAAAAGCCUCGUAUAAAGUACCAUGGAGGUAUUGUUACAGAUUGUUUGGUGUCGAUAUUGACAGGUUUUCAUACUAUGAGUUUGUUGGGUAUGUUAAAGAAAUUGGUUUUAAUGUUGAAUUGUGCAUUGUCUAUAUGAGACCUCCUAAACGUAAUUACCUAGUAAAAGUGACUUGUGAUAGGGAUAUUUUAGGUAUUGUACCUCAACUUAAAAAUGGAGAUAUUGUUCAACUAUAUAUGUCACAUUUAGUAGAUGAAUCCCACAUGGUCCCUAAAGCACCUUCUAUUGAAUAUAUUUCCCAUGUGGGUAGGGAAUCUUCUACUUCUUUUGAAAAAGAGUCUAAUCAAGACUGUGGGGUAAGUGAAAAAUUAGGGUUUGAAGAUGGCUUUGUAGAGGCUGCAACACCUCAAGAGCCUUUUGUGAGUGAAAAUUUAAAUAGUGAUGCUGCUGUUACUAGUGUUGGAGAGUGUAUGUAUUUGGUUUUGUUGGUUUUAAUGAACUUGAGUAGUGCACCCUCUGCUAGUACUGUUGAAAAGAGUAGUGGUAGUGGUGUUGCUGCUACUGUUGAACAGAACUUCAAUAGUGAUGGUGGUGGGGUUGCUGCUAGUGGAGAGCAUAUUUGGGAAUUUAGAAAAGCCAUUACUAUGUAUGCUGUGCAAGAACAUGUAGAAUUAGACAAGUAUGUGAAUGAACCAAAAAGGGUGAGAGUAAAAUGUAUUGAUGGUUGUCCAUGGUGGUUGUUUGAAAACCAUGAUUCUAGAACUGGAGAUUUUCAGGUGAAGAAGUAUAAUCCAGUCCACAUAUGUAAUGCCACAACUAAAAACAAACUUGUGAAUUCAAAGUACUUGGUAGAGAGAUACAGAGACAGGAUUAUAUCUGAUCCUGGUAUUAGAGUUUUUCAGUUUCAAAACUUGGUAAAAAAAAAAUUGGAGGUAUAUAUUGGGAGGACAGUGGUAAGAAAAGCUAGGAAUAUUGUGUUGCAGCAGAUCAUGGGUGACCAUGUACAGGAGUUUAAAAGGAUUCUGGAUUACAAAGAUGAGCUUUUAAAGACCAAUCCAGGUAGCACAUGUGUGGUGAAGCUUAGUGAAGAAACCUUUGAAGAGGGAAAAAAAUAA